CCCCCCCCCCGAACCACCUCUCGAAGCUUUCCGUCGGCUACGGUCUGGCUCGAAUCCCUUCAUUUUCAUUGAUCGCGCUGUCGAGCUGGAUGCCUAAUCUGAAGAGUUUCGAAGUUAGGAUGGGUACCCUGACCGCCAAUGAGCCCAGUCUACGUCGUCAACAGCAACGCCAACAACGCUUCGUGCUCGGUGGAACGGACUUUAAUGAGAUCACACCAGGUCUCAGGUCCGCUCAACUCAUACCCUGUACAAUCGAACGCCUCCACCUCGAAGGCAUCUGCUUCAGCCCUAACCUACUCAUCCUACCCCAACUGUUCCCAAAUCUCAAGUUUAUCAUCCUCAAGAGCCUCACCUGGGGAAGAAUGAUAUAUGAAUUGAUUCGAAGAUCUCCUGGCUUAGAAAUCUUGAAGAUGAUCGACUUUUGUUUCGAUCAAGAGAUGGAGGAAGACUUGCCAAGUGAUUGGAAUUUCAAUUGUUGGGAAGAAGAUAUUAGUGAGACGGGAUCGGACGAAGGCGGAAUGACCCUCAAAGCGCCACCGAUCAACGCGAUGAACCUGAUAGAGCUACAUCUCUUGGGAGAGGGCACCCCACACAUCUGGUCUGUCCUGGGAGAAUGUAUCCAAAACCCGAUCAUCAAGAUGCCGAAACUGGAGAAGUUGGUCUGUGAAUCGCUGGACCUCGAGGAGGAGGAACAGGCCUUGAUCGACCUCGCCGAUCUCGCCCCCAAUCUCCGUGAAAUCUCGAUCCGUAAUUGUAUUCUGAGGGACGAGGUCGAUCUUUACCAUUGUAUCAGAUGUUUACCUGAUCUUGAACUAUUGGAUUGUAGGUUGACUGAAAACAUCACGUCAAACCUAAUCAAUGCGCUAGCACUCUCUGUGCCAAACAUUCGACACCUAGACGUGCGAGGAUGUCCAUACGUGCACGUGACUUCAGUGGCGCGACUAGCGGAGACCAUCCGGGACUCGAGCGAUUCGGAGCGGCGGAUUGAGUAUAUUGGGGUGGACAAGCCUCUCGAGCCGACUUUCGCGCUGGAGAGUGCUCAGGAGGACUCGGUGAAAUGGGAGAUCUGGCAGCUCUGGCAGGCCUGGAACUGGCUCGAUUUUACACACGUGCUGCUCGACCAGGAAGAGUGGAAAGCUCGCAAUCGCGGACGCAAGGAUAAGAUGCCCGUCCGACCUGACCCUCCCGUCCAUCUGCCCGUCCAUCGUCCCCAGGAACUUCAACAGACCUCCUCCCACGGUCCACGGAUCCGAUUGACCUGUCGGUCCCAACAGGAGGGCCAACGGCCCGGUCAUUCUCAAGAAGCAGACGAGGAGGAAGAGGAGGAGAUUGAUGAGGAGGAAGACGAGGAGGAGGACGAGGAGAUUGAUGAGGAGGAUUGUGAGGAAGAGGACGAGCAAGGUGAACUGGAGGAGGAGCCCGUGGACGAGGAAGAGGAGGAUCAGCAGCAGCAGCAGGAGGAGGAGGAUAGCCCAAGCCAGCAAGCCCGUCAGCCACGUCCCGGUCCGUUCCAGAACCACCAUCCACAAGCCCACAACCGGAUACCCUACCCGUCCCACCAUCCGCCCUCACAGCCCGCACCCACUCCUUCUGCGCCUGUUGCCUCGUCCAAUCAUGACCGACCCGCUCCCGCUCCCCCAUCCGUUGCUCCACCCGCUGCCUCUUCUCACACACGUGAAAGUCAUCAGACAGCCGGUCAGACAUCUUCUUUGGACCCAAAUCUAAAGCAGAACUUGGUCGAAAACGACUCCAACUCUCAUCGUCCUCAUGAUCCUACUAUACAAACCGCAGCUCCUCAUCCCAUUAUCAAGCAGGAUGAGACCUCGAAUGGGAAGCUAUUGCCGAUCGAGUCUACUAAUCAUCAUCAUCAUCAGAAGGUAGAUUCGAAUCCUGGUGUGAAUGAUUCCAAGUCAGAUCUGAAUGAAUUGAGAUCGGAUGAGAGCGAGAGUCAGAUCAACAAGGGCGUGGAUGGAGAUGGAGAGGCGAGGAAUGGGAUCUCUGCAAACGGUUCGGACUCGAGGACUGCCCACGUUCCUCCUCCACAAUCUGAGCAUCCUCUCCGCCCACCCUCUUCAUCCCCCUCUCCCGCCCCUCUGCUUCCUUCUUCUGCCCUGCCUCCUCCUCCUCCCCUGCUUCCGCGUGAUCUUCCUCAAUCACUCCCUCCUAAAUAAAAUAAAAAAAACCCACUCUUGUGAUUUAUGUUCAAGUCCCACCCCCC